AAGUGGCAUACUCAAUGGAUAAGGUGCGAUCCAACGAAAUCAUCGUCCCCAGAACUCCCCCGAGACAACAAGACACGACUGAGAUAGUGCAGAAAUGGAGGUGAGUAUGUCUCUCAACGCGUUGUCUCGGCUUCCACUGAAGAAGAAUACAGGAAGACUGGAAGAGGUCGGUUUAGCGAGACACUCUCUGGUGAAAACACCGAAACAACGACGGCGGAUGGUGUUCGUGGUGGAGGCGAAAGGGAAGAAAGGAAUGGCGGCUCGACAGUAUCAACGGACGCCUCCUCCUAUGCCUAAGAUUGAAGACGACGGAAACCCUAGAUUCGUUAUCUUCAUCCGUAUGGCCAAUGUGUAUCUUUGGUAUCCGCUUAGUAUAAUAGCCGGUGGUACAACGGCUAAGAUCAUGGUUGCUGCUAAAGAUAACCUCUUGGGGAAGUAUAUUUACAAAGACACCAUUGCUAGAAACAUUGCUGCUGUUAUUUACAGAGAUGAGAAGGAGAUACAAAAGACUGCUAUAAAACAGCAUCGGGUCUUGCGGACUGCCACUGAGUUUCGUUAUGGCUACAAACUUGUUGAAAACGGGAACAUGAGAGCUGCACUUAGUACCUCAGAUGUCAUCGAGCUCCCAACUCAGGACCAGCUAAAAACAGUGUUGGACAAAGUGAAAGACUUUUUCGGGGAUGCAAAAGAGUCGUUCGGUAAGAUAUCAUCGUUGAAUCCUGGGGCAGAUGAAGAAAUCCCUGAUGAGAAAGCCAAGCAAGUUUAGACAGACAGGAUCCAUCCAAGGCUGGAGAAUUGACACUUGAUGGCCUAAUUCCAAUCUCAACCGUCUUGAUAUGGGAUCCAGAAGGUCCACUGGAUAAUACUAUGACGAGAUUCCCGCUAUUUUGUCCACAUUUUUUCUUUCUUUUAUACACCUCUCAGAGAGAAACAGUUUCUCUUAAAUCUUCUUGUAAACUUAUUGUGUCUGUAGAUUUGUUGAAAGAAAGAGCUGUUUGGUGGCAA